UAUAAAUAUUAGUACAGUAUAACUAAGGAUCCAUCUCAAUCAUCUCCUUUCUCUCUCUUCUUCUUCGUCCUUCCAUGGCUACUAUCACUUCCCACCUCCCCAAUGUCAAAUCCAUUUUAUCAAAUCAACACCGUUCCCACUUACAGUUAAAGCCCACCACCGUUAGAAUGACCAUGACUACUCAACAAACUCGCAACCCACAUCUCCAUUGGGCUUCUCUACAGGCCGACAUCCAAGCCCAUCUCAAAUCCUCCAUUACAAUCAAACAACCUCUCGAGGUUUUCGAGCCCAUGCAUCACCUCAUUUUCUCUGCCCCGAAAACCACCGUGCCAGCUUUAUGCCUCGUUGCAUGUGAGCUUGUCGGCGGUCAGCGUCACCAAGCCAUAUCCGCUGCUUCAGCUUUGUUACUAAUGGAAGCAGCUACUUAUGUUCACGAGCAUCUUCCCGAGCCCAAGCCCAAGAGAAAGCCCAAACCAGUGGUGAACCAUGUUUACGGGCCUAACGUGGAGCUUCUAACUGGCGAUGGAAUAGUCCCGUUUGGAUUUGAACUGUUAGCUAGAUCCGACGGUGGAGAAAAUUCGGAGCGGAUCUUGCGGGUAAUGGUUGAGAUCUCAAGGGCUGUGGGUUCACGAGGAGUGAUAGAUGCACAGUACAGGAAAACAAUGGAUACUAGAUCCGACGGUGAGGAGAUAUGCCACGUUGAAGAAAUCAGGCGCAUGGUGGAGAAAUAUGAAGGUGGGUUGCAUUCGUGUGGGGCAGUAUGUGGAGGGGUGUUGGGUGGGGGAAGUGAAGAGGAAAUUGAGAGAUUGAGGAAAUUUGGGUUUUAUGUUGGAAUGAUUCAAGGAAUGGCACAAAGGGGAUUCAAUGAAAGUAAAGAAGUGGAUGAGGCAAGAAAUUUAGCACUACAAGAAUUGAAGUUUUUCAAAGAUAAAGAAGUUGAUACAAUUAAAGUUUUAUUGAAUAUUUAAUUAUUUUUUUUUGGUAAAAAAAUGG